GGACCCUGCAGGCACCUGUAGGAAAGUCACAUGGGCGGAAGGGAAGCAAGCUACUAAUCGGUGCAUGAAGGACAGUAAUACUGCUGGUAACUUAUUCACCGUGAGACUUUUCCAUACCAUACCAAAAGCAUGGAUAUAUGAAUAAGAUAACCAGCAGGGGGCAGCAGAGUACAGCCAUCUAAUACGCUAUAGUGGAACGGUAUAUCCCCGCCCUACUUUCUCCAUAUGGGUGUGGCUUAUGGGAUGACAGAUGCUCACUGGCAGAGAGGAUGACACAUGGUAGAACAUGCAGCAUGUACAGCUAUUUCCGCCAGGAAUGACCCUACUGGCCCUAGUUUGGCUUCUGCUGGAUGCCACCUUCCUUAUCACCCUGCUGUGGCACCUGCUACAGGGAUGUAAGAGUGGGCACUCCCUUUUAUGCAGUGUCUUCCAGGAUCUAAUACGCUAUGGGAAGACUAAAACUGGCUUACAGCGGCCAGCAUGGCUCCAGUGGUUUGAUAUCCCAAAGCGGUGCUUCUGGCAUUUUUAUUGUGUCUCUCUGAUCUGGAAUGGGUGUCUGCUGUGGAUCCUCCUUCGCUUACUGCUCCAAAGUGUUCCAGUUCCAGAAUGGCUGCAACUGGUGCUUCAUUUCCUGCAUGCCGGAUCAGAACCACAAAUCCUGGAUAGAGAGCUUUCAGUUAUUCUGGCUCUUGCUCUGUUGUGGUUGCACAGCCUGCGGAGAUUGCUGGAGUGUCUGUUUGUGAGUGUCUUUUCCAAUGGGGUCAUUCACUUGGUGCAGUACUGCUUUGGCUUGGGCUAUUACUUCUUGAUUGGGAUCACUGUACUCACCUAUUGCCCACUGGACAGAAGGACUGUCUCCACGGACAAUCUUCUAACGCAGUGUCACUGGUACCAUAUCCUAGGACUGGCACUCUAUAUCUGGGCUUCUCUACACCAAUACAGAUGUCAUUGUAUUCUUGCUGGUCUGAGGAAAAGUGCAUCAGGGAACGUAAUAAACCUGAACCAUUCUGUGCCCUGCGGAGACUGGUUUGAGAGAGUGUCCUGCCCUCAUUACUUUGCAGAGCUCUUGAUAUAUGUGUCCAUCGCUGUUGUUUUUGGACUUCUGAACACUAUAUGGUGGCUGGUUGUUUUAUUUGUUUUACUUAACCAGGCAUUAGCUGCACUUUUGUGUCAUGAGUUUUAUCAUGAAAAGUUUGAUACAUAUCCUAUUCACAGGAAAGCUUUCAUUCCAUUUAUAUUUUGAAUAUAACUGUAUACUAUAUAUUUCCAUAUAUAUGCCUCUUUUGCUUUCUCUGUUUCAGUACUUAAGUAAGUGUAUUUAUCCUUGAUAUGGCAAUACAAGAGAAUAUAGUUUCAUAAUCCA